UUCAGUUUGGGGAAUAGUCUUGGCUGUCGCUGCUCGAAAGAUAUAUUUAUUGGGAAAUUUAUUCCUUAUGGCUGAGGGAAAUAAGCCAUCUGUACCCAAGAAAUAGCAUCCAACGGAUCGAGGUCCACAGUUCUCGUUCAACAUAGAAGUUCCUCGAACUCAGGAGGGUAGACUUCUCGGCAUCAAAGACCGCAUAAAGAUGGCCAAAGGCUCGUUGAAUCUUACAAAAGCGACGACAAGCACACAGAAUGCAGAUUUGAUGGAAACUCUUCUGUUAGCUUUUGAGGAGAAAAUUGAGAGGAAAUGACUGACAUCGAGCGAUCUGAGCUUAUCAUCAACGGGAAGUCCGAAAUACACCAUCCACAACUGCACGGUUUUCAAUUCCUUCAGCUUCUUCUACUCCAUCUUCGCGUAUUUCUUUGCCUUUUGCUGAUCCUUUUACAAUCCUACAAUUUCUCCUCCACAAGCAUAACGUACGCCACAAAUAAUGCAAAUUACUGCAUCUUUAGCAGAGAACGACUCCUUAUAUCUCUGCAGUGAAGAAUCUCCGCGAACUCUGUUUUUUUUUUCUCUAAUACGCUAACGACAUCAUGUUGUUAUUGUGGAAAACCCUCGGUUGUGAGUCACUUGCCUUCAAUCGACAGAGUCAUGUAGUGUCAAUGACAAUUUCAUGUGUUGGUGGAGAUUCUUUCAAGUGGCUCUCCUCCCCUAUCAUGGGAGGAUCUCCUCCAAAGUACUAUGUAAAUUUGAGGUGAGCACUCUUAUUUUUGCUUGAAAUUUACUGAAAUUUGUUAUCUCGGUAUUUUACUGUUUUUGUUUUUUGUAACUGGUCACUUCUCUGUCUCUCUUUCAUAGAUUGAUUCAUGGAGUAUUGUCCUGUGGCUUGACAGAGACAGAAUACACGAGUUUCUGUCAAGCAGCCAACAUCGGGUCAGAGGGAGAAAAGACCUCCAACACAGGUUAGCAAUGCACAUGCUCAGAUGCUCUGAAAAUCAUGUAGUCUUUCUCCUUGCAAGGAGAAGGCAGUCAACAGCAGUUUGCAGGUUGCUAAAUCAUGAAUGUUUUACCAAGAUAGCUCAAACUGACUGAGCUGUUCCUUCUUUGGUUUGUGCCUUACCAGAUACAAUUCUAAAAUACUUCUAUUUUUAAUCACUUCGAAAGUCUUGAAAAAGCUCAGUUACUUGACAGUCGUGAAGAGGGUCUCCAAUGAUUUGAUGUUGGCUGCUCAAGAACAAGUGAAGAGUAACCCUGCAUAUGCUGUGAAUGGAGAGGUACAAAUUGUCAUUUUAAUUUCAUUUUGUCUUUGGCCACAUACUCAUACACCUGCCAUACUCGGAAUAUAUUAUGUAGACUGGCACAUACAAAGAUAUAAAAUCUUAUAUCAGAUUGUAAACCUUGAAAAUAUCUGUGAGUAGAGAAAUGUGACCAUUUUUAUGUCUUGAUUUCUACCAUUUCUUCCUACAGUUUGUUAUAACAGAUGCAAGGCAUGAUUCCAGUCAAUCAGCAGCACACACAACAGUGUCAGCCCUUUCUUUCUUGUAAGAUGGUUUCUACUUGAUCUCUUUGUAUGAUAUGUUGAACCUCUGGUAUGUUCAACACCAUUCCUAAAAUUAUUUCAUUUGCACCGAUUAUCUUUAGGACCAAAAGGUGUUAGCAGUUGUCAACUGGAGUAGGGCCAAUGAAACUUCAGCAGUAAGCUGUGAGGUCCCUAUGACAAAAGAGCUGCUGACUUAUCUCUCUGAGACACAAGGUAUGAUAAAUUUGCAUCCUCAAUAAUAUCAUAUCACAUAUGUAAUACAAAUAUAGAGAUCAGAAGUAUCUUUUAUAAUGCAGCUAAAGUAAUUCUUUUUUCAGGGUUCCAUGUUGCAGAGGUGGCAUAUGACUUUGUAUUACAGCUAAAAAUAUGGAUCUUGUCAAAAGGAAUGCUUAAUUCCUUUGACUCUUGGCAUGAUACUCAGUACACACUUGUAUUUUUUUGGCUCAUUUUGUCUUGAUGAUUAUGACUAUUUCUUGAAAGUUAGCAUUUUAUUGGUAUUAAUAUAUUUUUUUUUUUUUAUUUUCAGGUGCAAAGUCUGUAACUAAAGCAAUGAAGGAAGUUACCUCAGGGACCCAGUGGGAUGAGGGCUCAAAGUGUUUUUUUUGGAUUGUUCGACAAAGGUAAGAUAUCUCUCUUAUGAGAGUCAUCAAAAGCUAUAUUCUCUCCACAAUUAUCUACAGAUGUCAAAUUCCUUCGUGAUAUAAGAUGAAUACAAUGGAAUAUAAUAAUUGUGAAUAUUUUACAGUGAAAAGUACAAGGACUCUUGUGUACUUCUGCAUGAAGAACAGUCCACCCAACGAAGAAGAAUUUCAGGGUACACUGUUGAACAUUUAAUAAUGUUGAACAAGAGACAUUAUACUUACUAUAAUUAUUAGUACUGAUUUAUUAAUCUAUUUUUCUAUAACUUGGUGUAUUUAUUACUCAGGGAAAUCAUGUCAGAUGCCAUGCGGAGUCAAAGUGCAAGCAGAAUGGCUAUGUGAUGAGCAAAAACUUUUAACUAAACCUGAAGUAGUAGCCGCAUGCAGGGGAAGUCAUUAUGGGCACUUCAAUUUAUAGGCAUGCAUCGGACUACAUGCGGGUAAUUAAUUGACGCAUGCUGUAUGUUUAUGUUUCUUUGCAUGAAGAAGUUUAUCUCUUCUUCCAAAUUAAUGAUGUUGAGGUAAGGGCCAUAAAUGAGUUGAACAAAUUCAUUUUCCAGUUAAAGAAAAAUCACCCAUAAUUUGUUGCCUUCUUCAGUGCAGGGAAACAUAUUGGAUUGAGUCUCUCCAUUCAGUGAUGCUCAUUUAUGCUGCAAAGCGGAUUCAUUAUGGGGAUGACACAUAAAACAUGUGCAUGGAGUUAGCCAUUCUUGAUUGGGUAAGAAACUUAUGUUGUUAAUUCUGCUCAAUUACUUUGGCACUUUUUGGAUUCACUGCCUUCUCUUGCUCAUUGACUCAUUUGUCUUACAGAAUGAAAAUGUGAAUCGAGAAGCAUCGUCUCUACAGAUGUACCAACAUACCAGGCAUCCAAACCGCUUGGCAGAGACCAGGGUGCUUACUUCAAAGACAUUUAAUUUCAGAGAAACUAUCUGGUCUACCUUUUUUAAUAUAAACAAAUGA